CUUCCUGAUGAAUGUUCCAGAUGUUGCCAGUUACUGCCGGAUGUAUUCUAUAAAUGCCCAGCAGGGCUUCGAGAACUUUGCCUUGAUGGUGGCCAAUACAGCAGAGACUGGCGCCAUCAUCCUAGACAAUCAGCCUGUAAGGGAUGUGGUGUGGAACCGAGUCCCUGGCACUGAGUUCGUUUGGAGCAUGCAUACGCUUGCACCUGCCAUCAGAUCCCAUGCUGUGGAACAUCCCAGCUCUCCAUUUGCGCUCCUGAGUGUUGGCACUGCCGCCAUGGACAGCUAUGGGAUUCCGGGUUCCUGCAGGAAGAAUGUUACAUUUAAAUACCAGACUGAGACUCCACAUAUAAAAGAGCAGUUGGAGAUGUGCAAAGAUGUCUUUCUGCAGGGCAGCAACAGUGAAUUUUGCUCCUUCGUGAAUUCAACCUUAGUGAAUUUGGAGACCAUGUAUGCCCAGGACAGAACAGUAUCGCUGAAGGAAGUCGCUGGCCCCUUUGGUUCCUUCCUGAAUAGCUCCACCCUCAGUGCUGGUGGGAACGAGAGCAAGAGGGAGGUGGCCUCUGCCGUGACGUUCCUCCUGCAGAGUGUGGAAUUGGCUGCACUGACGGCUGCUUUGAAGUCUCCGGAGAUGAAGAUCCAGAACGUGACAACAGAGUCUAUGGCUAUCGAGACGCUCCUCGUUGUCCCGGCUGCAGGUCCCUGUGAUGAGGUCUUCAGGCUGAUUGCUCAGGAGGAGACAAUGGACAUUCACUGUGAUACGGUCACCAGAGCAGCGACAGAAGAUUCUGGGGCUGUUGCUUUUAUUUCUUACUCCACCCUGGAUUCCAUCAUUGACAAGAGAUUUCUCAAGGAGGGAGAUCUAAUGGCUGAUGAGAAAUUGAGGAAUUUUCACCUGAAUUCCAGGGUGGUGAGUGGGGCUGUUGGAGAUGGGAGGUUCAUGAACCUCUCCAAACCUGUGAACUUCACCCUGCGCCAUAGACAGGCAAAGAAAGAGGAGGAAGAGACUCGCUGCGUUCAUUGGAAAUUCAUCGCUGGGAAUGGCAUCUGGCCUAAGGAUGGCUGCACUGUUCUCCACACAAACAGCACUCACACCAUCUGCAGCUGUGACCAUCUCUCCAGCUUCGCACUCCUUAUGGGUCACACCAGAGUUAAAGGGAGAAAACACCUGCUGGGUUUAGAUGUUACCUUUAAAUCUCUGACUGAGACCCUACAGAUAAAAGAGCAGUCGGAGAUGUGCAAAGAUGUCUGUCUGCAGGGCAACAACAGUGAAUUUUGGUCCUCCAUGAAAUCAACCUUAGUGAAUUUGGAGACCAUGUGUGCCCAGGACAGAGCAGUAUCGCUGCAGGAAGUUGCUGGCCCCUUUGAUCCCUUCCUGAAUAGCUCCACCCUCAGUGCUGGUGGGAAUGGGAGCAAGAGGGAGGUGGCCUCUGCCGUGACGUUCCUCCUGCAGAGUGUAGAAUUGGCUGCACUGACAGCUGCUUUGAAGUCACCAGAGAAUACGACCCAGACUGUGACAACAGAGUCUAUGGCUAUCGAGACGCUCCUCGUUGUCCCGGCUGCAGGUCCCUGUGAUGAUGUCUUCAGGCUGAGAGCUCUGAAUGAGACGAUGGACAUUCACUGCAAUACGGUCACCAGAGCAGCCACAGGAGAUUCUGGGGCUGUUGCUUUUAUUUCUUACUUCACCCUGGACUCCAUCAUGAACAAGAGAUUUCUCAAGGAGGGAGAUCUAAUGGCUGAUGAGAAAUUGAGGAAUUUUCACCUGAAUUCCAGGGUGGUGAGUGGGGCUGUUGGAGAUGGGAGGUUCAUGAACCUCCCCAUACCUGUGAACUUCACCCUACGCCAUAGACAGGCAAAGAAAGAGGAGGAAGAGACUCGCUGCGUUCACUGGAAAUUAAUCGCUGGGAAAGGCAUCUGGGCUGAGGAUGGCUGCACCGUUCGCCACACGAACAGCACUCACACCAUCUGCAGCUGUGACCAUCUCUCCAGCUUCGCACUCCUUAUGGGUCACACCAGAGUGGAGGAGAGUUACCCACUGACCAUCAUCACCUAUGUGGGACUGACCCUCUCCCUGCUGUGCCUCCUCCUCGCCAUCCUCACCUUCCACCUGUGCCGCUCCAUCCGCAACAUCAGCACUUCCAUCCACCUGCAGCUCUGCCUUUGCCUCUUCCUGGCCAACCUGCUCUUCCUCACCGCAGUGACCCGCAGCAGGAGUCGGGUGGUGUGUGCUGUCAUUGCUGGUUUCCUACACUACCUCUUCCUGGCCUGCUUCAUCUGGAUGUUCCUGGAAGGGCUGCACCUCUUCCUCACUGUCAGGAACCUGAAGGUUGUGAAUUACACCAGCGCCAGCCGGUUCAAGAAGAGAUUCAUGUACACAUUUGGCUACGGAUUCCCAGCCCUGGUGGUGGCUAUUUCUGCAGCGGUGAAUCAUGAAGGCUAUGGAACUUCCAAAUACUGCUGGCUAAGCCUGGAGAGAGGCUUUCAUUGGAGCUUCCUGGGUCCAGUCUGUGCCAUAAUCCUGAUAAAUUUAACAUUUUUUCUUGUAACCCUCUGGAUCCUGAGAGACAAACUCUCCUCCCUUAAUGAAGAUGUGUCCACUCUCAAAGACACCAGACUACUGACUUUUAAAGCUAUCGCCCAGCUAUUCAUUCUGGGCUGCACAUGGAGUCUUGGUCUCUUCCAAGUCGGCUCAGCAAAAAUGGUCAUGGCGUAUUUAUUCACCAUUGUCAACAGCCUGCAGGGAGCCUUCAUCUUCCUGGUGCACUGUCUCCUCAAUCGCCAGGUGAGAGAGGAGUACAGGAGAUGGAUUAAAGGCACAAGAAAACCCAGCCCCACAACUCAAACUUUUAGUCCGUCCAUGUCCACUGUCACUACCAGCACCAAGAUGGCUCCAUGCAUCACUCACUGUGGAACAGGCAGGGAAGGUGUUGGCUUUGACACAAAUUUAGUGAAUUGCGGAGACCCCUCCACUUCAUCUCUGUGAAUCAGUCACCUCUCCAACCACCGAUGUUUAUCAUACAGCCGGCUUUGCUGUGCCAGUGGGGCAGGUGCUUCAGCCGCCAUUCUUCAUCGCAACUACAUACAAAACCUGGAAGGGGAAGCGGGAUUGGACCAAAUCCUCUCUCUGAUCCAAUUCCACAACUGCUGAAUUCAAAGGCCACCGUAGGGUUGUAGCUGGGUGUCUCUCCCAGAUUUAAAGGGUCAGAUCCCAGGUCACAGAGUAGUUAUUUCAGUGCAGGGAUAGCUCAGUGGUUUGAGCAUUGGCCUGCUAAACCCAGGGUUGUGAGUUUAAUCCUUGAGGGGGCCAUUUAGGGAACUGGGGUAAAAAUUUGUCUGGG